AGGCCCUCAGGUCAAGGUCAAAUAUGGCUACUUCCGGUAAAAAAUGGUUUGAAAAAAGUAGACAGAUAAAAGGUGUUUUGCUGGAUAUAACAGGUGUUCUGUACAAUAGUGGACAUGUUCCGACACCUAUACCAGGGUCCAUCGAAGCUGUUAAAAGGUUAAAAGCUGAGGGGAUUCCCCUAAGAUUCUGCACCAAUGAGACUCAAACCACCCGAGCAGAACUUGUAAAGAAGCUGUGUAAACUUGGCUUUGAGUUGGAAGCCAAUGAGGUGUUUCCACCCGCACCAGCCAUGUGUCACAUUCUUAGACAGCGAUCUCUGAGGCCACAUCUGUUGGUACAUCCAGCUUUGUUACCUGACUUUCAAGAAAUAGAUCAGUCUGACCCUAACUGUGUUGUACUUGGGGAUGCUGCAGAUGUGUUUUCUUAUGAGAAUCUCAAUAAAGCUUUCCAGGUUCUGAUUUCCCUGGAGAAACCUGUCUUGUUCUCAAUGGGAGGAGGGAAAUACUACAAAGAAAAUGACAGUCUUGUGCUAGAUGUAGGGUGCUAUAUGAAAGCCUUGGAGUUUGCCACUGGUGUGAAGGGAGAAAUCUGUGGAAAACCAGAUGCAAAUUUCUUCAAUGGUGCUCUUGCAGACAUGUUUGUUAGACCAGAAGAUGCAAUAAUGAUAGGGGACGAUAUUGUGAAUGAUGUUGGAGGAGCACAGGCUUGUGGUAUGAUGGGUUUACAAGUGAGAACAGGAAAGUUCAGACCCUCGGAUGAGAAUCACCCAACUGUAACACCAGAUGGUUAUGUUGAUAAUUUGGCUGAAGCAGUGGACCUUUUUCUUGCUAAUCGCCAAAAGUGACACUUGCCACUAAUCAAUGGAAUACAUGUAAAACUCCUGUAAUGUAUACAUCAACAGGGUGUCAAAAACAGAGUUCCAGGGUUCAUCUUAUCUUAGAAUUCCAGAUGGUUUUGCUGUAGAUGGAGUGCCAUUGUUUUGACACCCUGUAUAUAUCAGAUGUCCCAAAAAAGUGAAAAUUUUUUGACAUGUAUUUUCUCAGCAAUAGAUUAAUUGAAUUCAUUGAAAAUUGAUACUGAAUAGCCUAAUGGUAUCAUAAAUAAGUCUUUUAAAUAUAAAUGGGAUCGGUAAGAAGUAAGUUCACAGGUUACGAGUAGCCCAGGCCCAUCUGUAGGCUACCCCAGAAUUUAUCAAGAAGUAUGAAACUUAGAAAUCAUAGAUUUCUUUUUCUUGCUUUUACAUUUCAGUUUGAUCUUCAUCCGGCCAUUUCUGAAUUUUGACAAUAAACCCGGAUGUAAAUGACGUCAUCUUUUUGGGUCUGACAUUAUCCGCAUUAUUUGCCACUGAUCUCUUAUAUAAUUUGCAGACUUGUUGAUAAUACCUUACUGAAAGGAAAACCUUGGUAAUUCAAUGGUACAUCUAUUGAUGAGAAAAUACUUGUCAAUAAGCGGUUCACUUUUUCGGGACACCAAACAUAGUAUAUUUAUAUUUUAUUUGUAUCAAACUUAUGAAAUAUUAGUUUAAAUGUGAUUAAAUGUAUAACAGAUUUAUAUUAUGCAAUAUAUUUAUUUUCACGCAUAUACUCUAUGAUCACUGUUCCACAGCUGGAUGAC